GACGUCAAAUCACGACAAGACGUUAUAUACAACCUGUCUUCAGUGGUUAGACAUAACUGGCUGUUAGAAAGGGCACGGUCGGUAUAAAUAGAUACCAGAUCUUUCAUUUGGGCAUUCAGGUAAAAGGUCCAGAGUCCCAUCUUAAACAGACGCGAUGGAGCGUCUUGUCCUUCUCUUCAUCACCGUCGGCACAGUCUUAUCACUUGAUUGCAGUGGUCCGGCCGACAUUGUCAUAGCAGUACCAGGAUCCGAAACUGUGCCAAAAUCUCAGUUCCGAUUCCUGGAGAAUUUCCUCACCCAGCUGGUGAGCUACUACAACAUUGCACGGGAUAACACCAGGGUAGGCCUGGUCUUGUAUGGCAGAGAACCCGUGGUCAUUGCCGACUUGCACCAGGGAGUCACACGCCAGACUGUGAACUCAAGAAUAACACUCCUGUCUCAAAGAAAAUUAUACACUGCUGACAUUUCUGGGGGACAGAAUGUUCCCAAAGCCAUCCAGAAGGUCCAUAAGUUACUCUCCGCUGGGAGAGGCGCUGUACCUAAAAUUGGCGUUAUCAUGACCUACGGUGGCGCCGAUCUGACGUCACCGGAUGCCCAGACUGUCAUUGCGCGCAUAUCAAGUGCAUCGGCUGCAGCGUUGAACGAUGGGAUCAACUUGUUUGCUACCAAUACAGGAGGCGGGUUGCCAGGCUUUGUCAACAUCACCAUGGAUACCUGCAGGUUGUUCAGCCUGGGAAAUUACGACAAUCUUGAGACUCUUUUGCCGUACUUAGCGAGUUCAACGUGUUAUGUUCUAGAUCCCAGCGUCAAUCCAUCACCGCUACAGUGUUUCCCAGAUGUCCAGUCUCCGCCUCCACAGGAGAUGUUCCAGUGCCAAACCCAGGCCGUCUAUGUAGCAGACCCCCAAAACUGUGCCUACUACUACGUGUGUCCCAUGGGGAUCCGCAUGCUCUGUGCCCCCGGGUCUCUUUUCGACCCCAUCAUCAGCAGGUGUAACAGCAAGGAGGCGGUGUCGUGCUAUACCGGAGUCACCUGCCCGGCCCCCAAAGGACUGUUUCCUCACCCCUGGGACAACACUAAGUUCUUAUCUUGUUCCCAAAACAUCCCCUAUGUUAAUGACUGCCCCGGGGGUCUCGUGUUUUACCCACUGAAAUCCGAGUGUGACUACCCAGACAAUUCCGUUGCGACCUCAUACUAAAUGAGACUAAAUAUACAAGAACAAAUUUGAUGGUAUUAUUUGGAAUUAAAGCUGUCAACCAAUUCUGAA